UCUCAGCCAGCCACUCACCCGAGGAAGCUUGAAAGCGGUGGCCUCGGAGGCGCGGAGGAGGCUCAGCGGAAACGGCUGAACUAACCGAGUCAGAGCCUGACCUUAAAACUCAAGCAGAGUGAAGAAAACUAAAAUCCAGUUUAUUGUAUUUCAGUACUAUGUCAUAACAGCCAGAUAAUUUUCCACUUGUUCAUCAAGAUGGAAAACUCAGAUUCUAAUGAUAAAGGAAGUGGCGAUCAAUCUGCAGCACAGCGCAGAAGUCAGAUGGACCGAUUGGAUCGAGAAGAAGCUUUCUAUCAAUUUGUAAAUAACUUGAGUGAAGAAGAUUAUAGGCUUAUGAGAGAUAACAACUUGCUAGGCACCCCAGGAGAAAGUACAGAGGAAGAGUUGCUGAGAAGACUACAGCAAAUUAAAGAGGGUCCACCACCACAGAACUCAGAUGAAAAUAGAGCAGGUGGAGACUCUUCAGAGGAUAUGUCUAAUGGUGACUCUAUAAUAGACUGGCUUAAUUCUGUCAGACAAACUGGAAAUACGACCAGAAGUGGACAAAGAGGAAACCAAUCUUGGAGAGCUGUGAGCCGGACUAAUCCAAACAGUGGUGAUUUCAGAUUCAGUUUAGAGAUAAAUGUUAACCGUAAUAAUGGGAGCCAAAACCCAGAGAAUGAAAAUGAGCCAUCUUCAAGACGUUCUAGUGGAGAAAUUACAGAAAACAACAGCCAAAGGCCAGUAGAAAAUCCACGAUCUGAAGCAACAUCUGCAAGACCAUCUAGGUCAGAACGAAAUUCAACUGAAACAUUAACAACAGAAAUCCCACCUACUAGAGGUCAGAGGAGGGCAAGAAGUAGGAGCCCAGACCAUCGGAGAACCAGAGCCAGAGCUGAAAGAAGUAGGUCACCUCUGCAUCCAAUGAGUGAAAUUCCACGAAGAUCUCAUCAUAGUAUUUCAUCUCAAACUUUUGAGCACCCUUUAGUAAAUGAGACUGAGGGAAGUUCUAGAACCCGGCACCAUGUGACAUUGAGACAGCAAAUAACUGGGCCUGAGCUAUUAAGCAGAGGUCUUUUUGCAGCUUCUGGAACAAGAAAUACCUCUCAAGGAGCAAGUUCUUCAGAGACAGCCAUCAGUGGCGAAUCUACAGGAUCAGGACAGAGACCUCCAACCAUAGUCCUUGAUCUUCAAGUCAGAAGAGUUCGUCCUGGAGAAUAUAGACAGAGAGAUAGCAUAGCUAGCAGAACUCGUUCAAGGUCUCAGACGCCAAAUAACACUGUUACUUACGAAAGUGAACGAGGAGGUUUUAGGCGUACAUUUUCACGUUCUGAGCGGGCAGGUGUGAGAACCUAUGUCAGUACCAUCAGGAUUCCCAUUCGUAGAAUUUUAAAUACUGGUUUAAGUGAGACUACAUCUGUUGCAAUUCAGACCAUGUUACGGCAGAUAAUGACAGGUUUUGGUGAGUUAAGCUACUUUAUGUACAGUGAUAGCGAUUCAGAACCUAGUGGCUCAGUCCCAAGUGGAAAUACGGAAAGGGUAGAGUCACGGAAUGGAAGAGGGAGUUCUGGUGGUGGUAGCAGUUCUGGCUCCAGUUCAAGUUCCAGUUCGAGUUCCAGUUCUAGUUCCAGUCCUAGUUCUAGUUCCAGUGGUGAAAGUUCAGAAGCUAGCUCAGAGUUAUUUGAAGGCAGUAAUGAAGGAAGUUCAUCAGGUGCCAGGCGAGAGGGUCGACAUAGGGCCCCAGUCACAUUUGAUGAAAGUGGCUCUUUACCCUUCCUUAGUCUGGCUCAGUUUUUCCUCUUAAAUGAGGAUGAUGAUGACCAACCCAGAGGACUCACCAAAGAACAGAUUGACAACUUGGCAAUGAGAAGUUUUGGUGAAAAUGAUGCAUUAAAAACCUGUAGUGUUUGCAUUACAGAAUAUACAGAGGGCAACAAACUUCGUAAAUUACCUUGUUCUCAUGAGUACCAUGUCCACUGCAUUGAUCGCUGGUUAUCUGAGAAUUCUACCUGUCCUAUUUGUCGCAGAGCAGUCUUAGCUUCUGGUAACAGAGAAAGUGUUGUGUAAUUAUCUGAACCGUCAGCUGUGUAGCUGGUGUAGUGAUGGGCAAACAGGAAUCACUUGAUUUAUGUCCACUUUUUGAGUGGUGCUUAGCCUAAAUGUAAAGUAACAACUGAAUUGAGUCAUUUCCUUCUGAAAGAAUCCUGUCCUUUCUCCAGCUUCUGUUCCAGAAUUAAAAGAUAAUACUAAAAAAAUUUAGGACCUAAAAAUCUGACUUCAGUACCAGUUGAAUUGGUAGCAUCUCUGUUACCGAUAAUUUAUACUUGUCAGUUUCUCUUUUGUUAUCUUAAAAGAUCUGCCUUAGCAAUGGCUCCUGUCUGUUUCACGUUGAUCUUUAAAGUUUCUCAUGCCAUAGGAGAGAGAGGUUAAGGAAAAAUAAUGUUUCAUAAGUGAUUACUUAAAGUUACGCCAUUCCUAGUUAUUAGUUUACUCAGAUUCAGCCACAUUCUGAAUAUUUGUUCACCUUUCAGACUCGGUGAUACUGGACAUGUCAGUGUAAAUAACACUAAAGAUAUAGAAUCUUCUAAGUGUAUGACUGUCUCCUAAGCCCAUUACUGUGGCACCCUAUAGAGUGAGCUUAUAGUUUGAGAUAUUUAUCUUGUGGAAAUAUUAAAAAGCCUAUGCUUGUGUACGUGAAGAAGUCACAUUCAUUUGUUUAAAGAUGUAAAGCUAUUUUGUAGAGGCUCAGUACUUUUCCAAUGCACUGUUGUAUUAAUGCAUUAAAAAUUGUAAAGUACCAUGCUUAGAAAUGAGAAAACUGCUUUUUGUGAAUGAACAUAGUAAAAAACACAGCAAAGUAUGAAGCUGCUUUUUUAAAUGUGUAGGUGUCAAGAGCAGAACAUAUCUAUAAUAUUUAAUGUUUAUGAACAGCUACAGUGACAUGAAAAGGACCAUGCAGAAUCAAACUGAGUGAAAGACCAAUGGAAAUUUUGUAUUUUGACUUGGAUUUAGGCAGGUACUGAAAGAUGAGGGUACAGAAAACUGCUCUGAAGUUUUCCUGAGGACUGUAGUAAUACAGACAUUGACUGGUUUCAUAUGGUGAGAGCAGUAGCAGCUUGAUCUUGUAUCCUACUUGAAUAGAGGAAACAGAAUAAGCAAAUUUAGCAGAGCUCUCUUUGAUUUAAAGAAAAUGAACCAUUGCCACCUAGCACAAGUUAAAUUGAUGUUUUUACAAAUCUCAAAUUUAAAAAAACCCAUGGAGGAAAGAGACUAUAGACCACUUUUAGCACAAAAAUUGCAGUUGGUACAGACACAUGCUAAUAGGAAAGUCUCGAAUGUGCUUGUUUUCAAGAUUUGUUAUGUAAGGUACUAGUGCACACUUGUUAAUAUUUCAUUACUGUCUCUAGUACUGUCUCUAGUACAGAUAUACAGGUCACAUUUAAAGACCUAUUGAAUUAAGGAGUUUUUAUACUUUGUUCAAAGUGAAUCAUGAUCGGUUAAGAUUCAAAUUUCAAUUGUGAUACCCAUAUUUGAACGAAACUGCUGAUUCACUCUCCAUUAAUGUGCAUUUUAUGUUGUUUUCUUAGUGGUAAGAAUAGAUUUGUGAUAACCCCAAAAACUGUUGCCUGAUUUCUCUUUUAAGGCCAGUUGGGGUCAAGAUUAGUCUGGCUAUGGGGCAGAUUUUUUGUUUUUUGGGGGGAAAGCUAAUGGGCCAGAAGAGAAAUUGAACACAUCCUUGGCAUUUAACACCACAAAAUAAAAAUGAGCUAAUCAUCCAGAUAUAGGUAAAUACAAAAUAAGUCUGUUUUCAGAAUUACCUGGCUACUUUCACUAUUAUCAGCUUGGCUGUAAAGUUUAUUUCAAAGCUCAUUCUAUCAUAUUUUCUUCUGGCUUUCAAUCCUACCUACCUAUUAAAGAAAUUGUAAAUAUGGUAGUUGUUUACUGAGGAUAUGUACUGCUCUUGCAAGAAAAUAAUAUCCAAACAAAGCUUCACUUUUUUAAAAUAUAAGCAGAUUUCACUUUAUGGCGCUUAUGUAAUACGUUUUAUUUAAAAAUUUUUUUCCAUGUAAAAAAUCUUGAUUCCUUUAUAUUUGUGAGCCUCUUUGUCUCCUAAGGGUGUAAUCUAUGGUUUUCAGAUCUACAGGGUAGUCUUGAUUGGCUAAAAAAACUUCCAUUCGUCCUCUUGGAAUAAAAUGUUCUCUUGAUGGAACAUUCAUUUUAAUAGUUUAAAAUGAGCAGCAGCACAUCAUAAGUAUAAUUGAAAGUUACUGACAACAGGUACCUCACUAGCCUCCCAAAAUAUAUUACUCACUUGUGAAGUAUUAAAAGUAAGAGGUAACUCAAGCAGAAUGCUGGUUAUGAAUGUAGAUGUUGAAGCUGUUCAUAAACACUGGAAGUAGAACUCUCACGUUGUUGAAUGCACAUAUUGGACCCUGUAUAUGUGGAUACCUUUUUUUUAAUAGGAUUCAUCCAUUGGCUUUAGAAUGAAUACAAAUUUUUAGUGGAAUUUGCUACUUUUCAUUUUGCAAAGUCUAUGACUAAUAUACUUACUGGUGUUGUAGACAUUGAAGACAAAGUGGAUUAUAGGUGUCAGAUGUUCAGUGGAGAAUACAAAUUGUUUUUUCCCCACCAGCAUCCAAACACCUACUCUUGGGAGAGCAUUUUCUUGCAAAAGACUACACUUCAUUUUUUGUCUUUGCAUUUUCUCUAUUACAGAAAUGUUCUGUCUUUAAGACCUACUUUGAACUUCAUGCAGUAAUAGGAAUAAGAAAAUACUGAAAGAUUACAUUGUUCAAAGCAUAGCGGAAAGUACUACAAACUGUAUUUCCUUGAAUAUUUCAGUUGAUAAAAAUUAAUUUACUGUUAUGAAAUGUUUGUGGUGUUUUGUUUUUAACUCCAAGCAGCAGAGAAGGUUGGGAUUAUUACUACUAGAAGACAAAAUCAAACAAGUUAGGUUAAAACAUUUUAGAUCCCAGCAACACAAGAAGUGGAUCAUACUAAUUUGGAAUAUUUGCUCUAAAAAGAACACAUUAGUUAUACUUCAGUCAUGUUAAUGGAGGUGGGGACUGAGAAAACUUCACAUUAGUGUUGGAAUGUAGUUGAUAAUUGCUCAGAUCAUAAAAUCUUUAGCACCAGGAAAUACAUAAAAACUUUAAGAAUGUGAUUGAUGGAAUUCCUCCAAUCUUAAGAUUAGAAAACUGGUUAGCUUUAAGUAUUACCUCAAUUAAUGUCUCCCCCUCCCCCAAGGAAGACAUCCUUUCCAUGCCAAGUAUUCUUACUGUAGUGUCUGUCUCAUUUAUGAGAAAAAUACUACUUAGUAUGCUUUGUAUUUAAACACCUGCUUCCCAAGUAAACGCAACAUGAAUGGGUCGUGAAUUAGCUAUGACUUUCAGUCAGUUCCCCCAAAUACCCAUGGAAUAUGUAAAUGUUAAAUGCUUCUUAAAAGCCCAUUUUUACAGCUUGCAUUCUUACAGUAGCACCUUGUGGUUGACUUUUUUUAAAAUGGGGGUAUUUUUA